GGUACGGCAUCAUGUUGUGCCGGGAGGAUUUUCCUGCGUGGCUCUUUGAAUGGCUCCAUCCCCGCCUUAGGUUGGGGUACAGGCAUGGAUAACUUCGAGUACAGCAUCCAGCUGAACGACAGGGAAUGGGCUGAGUUCUUCUUGGCCUCGGAGGAGUGCAACCUCGCCCCGGCCUCGCUGGCCACGGCCGAGGAGCAGUGCCUCAGUGACAUUGAGCAAGGGGACGGCCACGCCAGCCCCGACAGGCUGAUCCCAGCCAGGGAGGGCAGCGAGCCAGCGCCUGGCACGGGGAGCUCUGCCCCACGUGGGGUGCCCGGAGACACCCCCCUGCGCUGGCAGGCCGGUGGGCACCUCGCCCCGGCGGAGCUGCUGUCGGGCAGCGAGGACGAAGCGGAGCUGGGCUCGGUCGGCAGGUUCCUGUGCGAGAGCAACGAGCCCGGCUGCCCGGCCCCCCCUGCCAUGCCCAGCGCUGGGGGCACAGCCCAGGGCAACCCAGGGCAGGACGCAGCAGGUGAAGCAGCGGCAUCGGAGAAAGGAGCAGCCGGAGGCAGCCGAGCCAUGGAGCCCCCCAGCACUCCAAGCACUCCUCAGCAGGCAGGGGACGCGGCAGGGGGACAGCCCCAUGGCGGUUCACCGGCACCCCCUGCCAGGAAAAGGCAUCCCAGCGCCUCCCACUCGGAGCCCAGGCCUCGAGGACCCCCGUGUGACGCUCCCAUCCCGUCCCUGGGGGCUGCACAGGAGGAGGCGAGCGGGGAGAGAGCGGGGCCCGAGCAGAGCUCCCCGGCCGGGUCCCCCAGCGUGGUGAGGCCCAAGGUGCCGGGGCAGCAGAAGAAGAGCCGCAAGCAGCAGCGGGGAGCCGGCGCUGCCGAGGGGGACCCGGGGGGGGCUGCGGCUCAGGGGGCCACACAGGGACCCGGGAAGGCACCUCCGAGCUCACCAGUGUCCUCUCGGAAGAGCAAAGGGAAGGAGAAGGCGGCCAAGGCGGCUUUGGUGAGGCUGGGCAGCGAGGAGGCGGCGGAGGCCAAGCAGCCGGUGCCCGGCUCUGGCGUGGAUGAGGGUGAUCCAGCUGGGAGUGCUCCCCCGAGGCAGAAGGGGAAGGAGCCAGGGGCACAGUCCCCGGGGAAGACAAAGGCCACCAAGCCCUCAAAGGCAGGGCAGGCCGGUGGCUUGGGCUUACGUGACAGUGCACCAGCGAUCCCCGACAACGGAGCCGUGGCUCCUUCGGGAGAGAUGUGCCAGGAGAUGCCAGGGAAGCCUCUCCAAGCCAAGAACGUGGCAGCUUUUGGAGGGGAUGCUGCUGAGGGAACUUGUGGGGAUCCUGCAGCUGAGCCCCCCAGGAAGCUGAGCCCCCCGUGCUUUGCAGAUGGGGCUUCUGCGAGGUCAAACACCCUGGAUGUGACCUGGCCUGAGAUGUAUGACUAUUUGUUCUGUGAUUCCCAAGAGGAGGAAGAAGAGCUGGGGAGCUCAGUGGAGGGGCGGAGAUCACCCUUGCAAAGGGAAAUAUCCUGGCCUGAACUCUAUGAGUAUUUUUUCAACGAACCAGAAGGUAAAAGGAAAAAAGCCAAAGGUAAAGAGAGGAAAAGGAAGAAGUUCGGCAGCUUGGACCACACUGGGCUGCAGAAUGAGGAUCCCAGCUCAGCUCCAGUCAGGGACACUGUGAUUAUCUCGGUCCCUGAGGUGUGUGAACACCUCUUCCCAGAGAGACCGAGGAACAGGACGGGCUGGAGAGGGAUUUUCUCAAUCGCUCCAGCCUCCGAGGUGAAGAGAGCUGUGGGGGCUCUGAAGUCCUUCCUGCAAAGGCAAAGACACCCUGCCAGAGGAGAAGCCCCAGCCUCCCAGGCUCUGGUGCCGAGAGGAUCCGGAGAGAAGUUCGCCCUGGUCCCACUGGCUCCCCCUGGAAGAGGCCAGGUGUGGCUGGAGGGUGAGGACAUGGCCCUUGCACUGACAGGGACGGCAGAGGAUCCGCGGGUGCUGACCCACAAAGACAUGUGCCUGGUCUUCUGUGCCUUUGCGUCCUGGGCAGUGAAGACAUCUGACCUGCAGGCUCCGGAUGCCUGGAAGACCAUGUUCCUGGCAAGUUUUGGCACACUCUCUGCCAUCCGCUACUUCCGGAGGCAGGUCAGAGAAGGACACCCCCGGACUUAGGCUCAGCUCACACUAGAGGUGCUUCCUGGGGACAGGUGGGCACGGUGGAGGGCAGAGACUGCGGACUUUGUUCUUGGACAGUGUGAGAAGCCUGGAUCCCAGCACCACGACUUCUCUUGGACCCAUCCCUACACGGGACAGGACAUCACGGGAAGCAGGAUCCUUCCGGUGACAGGAGUUUAUGGCACGGUAGGCAGUCGGUACCUGUACUGGAGAAAAGGGGAGCCCAGCCUGGGCUGGCUCUGGUGUCUUUCCUUGCACUCUCCUGGGACACUCCCUAGGAGCAGCCAGUGUCUGUCCCAGGGCACUGCUCAUCCCUCCUCCUUGCUGAGGUCACCUGGUGGCAAAGGCAGGCAUGGACGUGGUG